CCUAUAAGCCGAGGAGCUGUCCGAGUGCUGAACGGUCCGACAAGCUCACUCGGCGGACAGGAGGAACAUGCUGCGGACCUUCUCUGCCAUAUAAAGAAAGAGGAAAUUUUUCAAACAUGGCAGAAUUUAAGACCCACUGGCUUGGAGCAGUCCUGUUUGUUAUUCCUUUAAUUUUCCUCAUUUCUGGGGCUGAAACAGCUUCAUUUCAGCGACAUCACCUGCUGCAGAAAGAGCCAGACCUCGGAUUGGGAAAUGCUCAGAGGUUUCCAAAUCCUGAAAUGAUCAGAGCUUUGGAAUACAUAGAAAAGCUCCGGCAACAAGCUCACAAAGAAGAAAGCAACCCAGAUUAUAAUCCCUACCAAGGUGUGUCUCUUCCCCUUCAGCAAAAAGAAAAUGGUGAUGAAAGUCACUUGCCAGAAAGUUCAAAGGAUUCACUGAGUGAAGAUGAGUGGAUGAGAAUAAUACUUGAAGCUCUGAGACAGGCAGAAAAUGAACCUCAAUCUGCUCCAAAAGAAAACAAGCCCUAUGCCUUGAAUUCAGAAAAGAACUUUCCCAUGGACAUGAGUGAUGAUUAUGAGACACAACGGUGGCCAGAGAGAAAGCUCAAGCACAUGCAAUUUCCUCUUAUGUAUGAAGAGAAUUCUAGGGACAAUCCCUUCAAACGCACAAAUGAAAUAGUAGAGGAACAAUAUACUCCUCAAAGCCUUGCUACACUAGAAUCUGUCUUCCAAGAGCUGGGGAAACUGACAGGACCAAACAACCAGAAGCGCGAGAGGGUUGAUGAGGAGCAAAAACUUUACACAGAUGAUGAAGAUGAUAUUUACAAGGCCAAUAACAUCGCCUAUGAAGAUGUGGUUGGGGGAGAAGAUUGGAACCCAGUGGAAGAGAAAAUAGAGAGUCAAACCCAGGAAGAGGUGAAAGACAGCAAAGAGAACAUAGAAAAAAAUGAACAAAUAAAUGAAGAAAUGAAACGUUCCGGGCAGGUGGGCCUCCAGGAAGAAGAUCUCCAGAAAGACAGUAAAGACCAACUCUCAGAUGAUGUCUCCAAAGUAAUUACCUAUUUGAAAAGGUUAGUGAACGCUGCGGGAAGUGGGAGGUCACAGAAUGGGCAAAAUGGGGACAGGGCAACCAGGCUUUUUGAGAAACCACUUGAUUCUCAGUCCAUUUCCCAGCUAAUUGAAAUCUCAAGGAAUUUACAGAUUCCCCCUGAAGACUUAAUUGACAUGCUGAAAACCGGAGAGAAGCCAAAUGGAGCAGUGGAACCAGAACAGGAGCUUGAACUUCCGGCUGACCUGGAUGACGUCUCAGAGGCUGACUUAGACCAUCCGGAACUGUUCCAAAACAAGAUGCUCUCCAAGAGUGGCUACCCCAAAACACCCGGUCAUGCUGCAAUGGAGACCCUGCCAGAUGGGUUCAGUGUUGAGGAUAUUUUAAAUCUUUUAGGGACGGAGGGUACAGCAAAUCAGAAACCCACAUAUUUCCCCAAUCAAUAUAAUCGAGAGAGGGUUCUGCCAAGGCUCCCCUAUGGGCCUGCAAGAUCUAGAAUAAAUCAGCUCCCCAAGGCUGCCUGGAUGCCAGAUGCUGAAAAUAGGCAAACGGUCUAUGAAAGCCAGAAUGAUAAGGAUCAAGAAUUAGGAGAAUACUUGGCCAGGAUGCUAGUUAAAUACCCUGAGAUAAUUAAUUCAAACCAGAUGAAGCGAGCUCCCAGUCAAGGCUCAUCUGAAGAUGACCUGCAGGAAGACGAUCAAGUGGAGCAGGCCAUCAAAGAGCAUCCGAAUCAAGGCAGCUCUCAGGAGACUGACAAACUGGCCCCGGUUAGUAAAAGGUUCCCUGUGGGACUCCCAAAGAAUGAUGAUACUCCAAAUAGACAGUACAUGGAUGAAGAUAUGUUAAUGAAAGUGCUGGAAUACCUCAACCAAGAAAAGGCAGAGAAGGGAAGAGAGCAUAUUGCUAAGAGAGCAAUGGAAAAUAUGUAAGCAGCUUACAAUUGCCCAGCCUUCUCUCCUCCCACCCCUAGCGACCCCCAAUAUUUCUCUUUAGUGUGUUGACUUUUAUCCUGUUAACACUGUAAUAAUAUCUCUAAACGACCCACAGGCAGAUGACUCCAGGUCACUGGGGAAUCUGCUUCACUUACUCUGAGCUGUUCUCUUGUGUAUGGAUAUGUGUAAAUGUUAUGACUCCUGGAUAAAAAAAAAAUCAUUAUGUCUCUUAUUCAAGAAAGAUAUCUAUGAUAGUGUUUAAUAGUGUAUCUAAUGGCCAUGGCAUUGCUGAUGCUCACAUAUGAAAAAGAGUGUCCUAUAAUUCUCUUGAAAGUUUUUAAUAUUUAUUGAAUUAUUUUGUUACUGUCUGUAGUGUUUUGUGGAGUAUUGGAGCAAAAAAAAUAAAGCAUUAUAAAUAUA